AUGAUAAUUAUUCAUUGAAUGAUAUGAAUGAAAUGGAAAAGAAAUGUUUAUUAUAUAAUUAUUGUUUUGUUUGUCAUAAAAAAUUUGAUCAAACAAAUGAAUCAAUACGUUCAUGUCUAAAUCCAUUAUGUUCAUUGAUUCAACAUGAAAAAUGUUUUAUUUCGAAUAAUUUCUAUCUAAAUAAUUGGAAUACAAAUGAUAUAACUAAAAGUUUAUUAUUAAAAAAUGUUGAAAAAGAAGCAAUCGAUUUUGUUCGUUUAUUACAACAACGAAAUUUUAAUUAUGAAUUUUGUGGUAUUUGUUUGACAAAAGUUUCCGAAAUGAUUAUUUUAUAUUAUAAAAACCCGGAAGAUGAAUAUGAUGAUAAUGAAACAAUCAAAUAUUUUACCUAUUCAUUUGCCCAAUUAGAAAGUAUUACAAAAUAUUUAUUGUUUAAAAAAUUAUCAGCAAAUUUUAAAAAAAUGUUAACAUCAUUUAAUCAAGAAAUUCCUAAACAACUUGAAAAUUUGAAUGUUAAUAAGAAAAAAUACCCGAAUGCAUCAUUGAUUGAUUUAUUUAAAUUAUCGAUGGAAAGUUGUCAACAAUUUGAUAAACAUCGAACAUUAUUUAAUUUUUUCAAUGAUUUAUCUGAUGGUAAUUAUUUUCAUAAUUAUGAAGAUAUUCUUUAUGAUUUAAAAUUGAUUUAUCAUCAACGCAUUGUUCAAUCGAAUGGAAAUGAAAAAGAUCGUACAUGUUUAGAAAUUAAAAAAAUUUAUGAUUUUUGUGUCGUUGAAUUGGCUGAUAUACGUGAAUGUGUUGAUUGUUAUUGUUAUUAUUAUGAUUCUGAAUCAUUUACAAAAGUAUGUAGCCGUCCACAUGGUAUUGUAUGGGCACCAUGUAAAGCUAAUAAAAGUCAAAUAAUAUGGUGGCCGGCAAAAGUUUAUGUUCCAUUUCGUAUACCUGAACAUAUCAACAAUCAGGAUAAUAUUAUCCAAAUAAGAAUGUUUGGUUGUUCACGUAGACAUACACAAAAAUUGUAUUUCAAUAUGAAUCAAAUCUAUGCCUUUUCGAAAGAACCACCACAACCUUUUGGUAAUAUAAAAGUACUUUCACCAAAUUCUAAACAAUUUGAUUAUCGUCUAGCUUUAAAUCAAGUAUCUGAAUAUUUCAAAGAUUAUCAAAAAUAUUGGCCAAAUGGUUUGACACAAAUUCCGGAUUAUCCUCGUCAAUUCGACAUUGAACAGGAUUUAUUUUGGCCAACACCAGAAUUAAUUCGAUCAUCAUUUGAUGAUGAUUCUUCUUAACCAAUAGCUUGUUAUUUUGCUUUCCAAAGAUCUUUCUUUCAUUUAAUCUUGCAUUUUUUAGUCAAAAUGUUUUUUGAUAAACAUUGUUAAUAUCUUUCAUUGAAAA